AUGACUGUCACAUUGGAUGAUGUGUGGACCAUACUUGGCAUUCCAGUCACUGGCAUGGCUUUGUCAUGUCCUAAGUUAACAAGAUACGAGGCUGCUGAACUGGUGAGUGUUAUUUUGGGAGUGCCAGUGAAUGAUGCAUUUGUAGAAUUAGUUCAAUCUCGUGGGCAAUCUGUGAAGUUAGAGUGGUUGCGAAUUAGAUUUCAUGAAGUUAACGAUACAGAUGAUGCAAAUUUCAUAGAAUACGCAGCGAGAGCUUACUUGCUAUAUUUAUUAGGUUGUACCAUCUUCGCUGACAAGAGUGGGACUCGAGUACCUGUUGUUUACCUGCACAUGUUGACUAACAUUGAUGCUGUUAGCUCAUAUGCAUGGGGUGCUGCAGCUUUGGCAUUCCUAUAUAAACAAUUAGGACUUACUAGUAGGGCUGGUGUUAAGCAGAUUGCUGGUUUCUUGAAGCUAUUGGAAGCAUGGAUUUAUGAGCAUUUUCGUUUAGGAAGGCCUCAUCCAAAUUUGUCCUAUUCUGAUGAACAACCUCGUGUAUGUUGUUGGAGUUCGCGGAGAGAUGAAGGUUUUACAGAAAACCACUUGCAGACAUUACGAGAGCCGCUUGACAUGUUACGUGCUGAGAUAUCUCUUCGAUUAGGUGUUGCAAUCGGUACUGAUCUAAGUGGUAAAAACGUCAAGCAUUGUUACAUGGAUAAAUGGUAA